AUGGCCGUAGACGAGGAGGCCAGUCUCUGGCCUACUGAGAACCUGCUUCUUAAAGAAGGUCGCAAGCACUAUCGCACCAGUGUCUCGCCAAUUCAUUGGCAGCUCCGAUCAUUGGUCAGUGCAGAGCAGCAGGGCGUCAUCUACUUCCCGGCUGGUGUCAACAAUACCCAUAUCCAACGGCUCGAUACUUCUACCCGCGAAUGCGAAACCAUCAAAGUCAUUAGCUUCCACCCCCGCUGUCUGGUUGCUAGUAAGGGCUGGAUCUGCUGCGGAGGCGAAAAUGGAGAAUUUGUGGUCAUACGAGAGUCGGGUAACAGCGAUGCACAGGCCGAUACCCUCAGUAGAGAUGUUCGCUCCAGACUGACCUCGCUUGAGUCCUCUAGCAUGACUGAAGGUACUAUAUAUCAGCUUGAACGCGAUAUGCUGUCUGUUGUGGAACGAAUCAAUGGCACCAACAAGACGUGGUCAGCUUCUAGCUAUAAAAUCGGUAUCGAGCGUGUCAACUGCAUAACCAUCUGGCACCCUCCUAAAGAUGCGGGCGCACCAGCCCCUGGACAAUACGAGUCCCCGGUAGCUGUUGUGGCAAACAACGACAAGAGCAUUACCAUCGUAAGCCUCUACGAACCCGACUUGCACAAAGACGUGUUAAACUAUCCCGAUUGUGUCAACCGCGGUGUAAUUUCCCCCGAUGGGUCCCUCUUAGCUGCAGUCUGUGACGACGCCUACCUCUACGUACACGCGCGGGAACAAUUCGACAAAAAUUACGAGGGAAUUUCACGACGAGUUACUCGACAAUCCUCUAGAUGGGUAUUACUGCCGAAAAUACGACUUAAGGGCCAGUGGAAAGAUGACGCUACGGAUUGUCGUGGGAGCUUCGCAGCUUGCUUUUCUUCCUCGGGGAAGUACUUGGCAGUAGGCACCCAAUAUGGCACCAUAUCUAUUUUCGAUGCCGUCAAGCUCAAGGAUCCCGAUUCAGAACCCUUAAUCGCAUAUUUUAAUUCUGCUCGGGCACCUGGGGAAUACGGUGCUGUUAGAGACAUGGCCUUUUCGCCGGGGCCGUUCGAUCUCUUGGCGUGGUCAGAACAUCGAGGUCGGAUUGGGGUAGCAGAUGCGCGCUCAAACUUCAAACGACGGCAUAUUAUCCCCAUUGAUAAUCAUGAAGGAUUUAAUCAUUUCUCACUUAAUGAUAGCAGUACUAUCGAUCCACGCCUUCUCGACCCGCGCAGCGAGCAGACUCCCGAAGGCGAUCGUAAUGCUGAUAACGAGCGCAAUGCUGAAUCAUCUCCGCUAGGGGCGAUGGACCGUUGGAACAGAGCCGCAUCCGAUCGACGGCCCCUACCAGAUCCGGAAACUUCAGAUCCCACGUCACGAGUCAAUCAGCCUUUCAGCGCGGAUGAGAUCUCAAUUCUAGAGGCCUUCCAAGCUCAGCGUCGUCGACGGGAAUUGCGGGAUCGAGGAGAGCAAUUGGAGCAACAUUUUAUGGAACACCGAAAUCAACGAGCCGCCGAACGAAAUGCAUUGAGAUCCACAGGUUGGGCAGAUCGUGUAAGUGUCCAGAACGGCAGGACCAGGCGUGCGAACGUCAGAAAUCCCAUCGCCCGUUACUUAUACAGUGAUCAGCUUGGUUUGAAUCGCACUAAUACGGAUGUUGAGCAGCGCGAAGCGCUGACGAGAUUCAUCGAACGCGAACGCAUGCGCGAGAUCCGCGAUCAACAUCGUUCGAGCGCCACCCAGGCAGCCCCCGAACCGGAGCGUGAGAGAGGAAGUUCCAUCCCGCGGGACUUGGGUCGAAGUCGCACGUCCAUUAUGCGUACACUAGCCCAGAACUUCGAUACCAUCUCGCAAACGAUGAGGUCGCAGAACCAGUACAGCGAAGCCGGCAAUGACAGCUCGGCAACCUCACGCGAUCCGUGGUAUGUUGGGGGAUCCGGCUCCGGAUGGCCCGACCUUGAGAACCUGGCGAGCAUAAGCGGAUGGACCGGUGGGCUUACCGAUAAUGCUCGGACCGAGACCAACAGGGCCCGUCGCGGUAUCCCAGUCAUUGCUGACGUAUGGGGCAACGACUCGCUCUUCAGCAGGAUUAGAAUGGGUAGCCGCGACCACACGCAGAACCCGGAUGACACGGCAGGUUUGACAUGGAGCGAAGAUGGCCAAGUAUUAUAUGUUGCAGCAGAAGACGGAAUAUACGAAUUCCGCGUAAAUAUCUAUGGCCGAAAAGUAUUCCCGGAUAUUCAGCUUCGCUAG